CCUGGUCAGUCAUACACUUAGACUUCUAGUCCCUUCCUUUCCAGCUGUGAAUCAACAUGCGACUUGUAUCUCUUUCUCAAGCUUACAUAUUUUUAUCAGUAAUACUACUGCUAUUAUUGGUCACACCACUGUCUCAUGCUUUAUGGAAGAGGGAAAGUGAUAUCAAGGAAGCUGUUUUUCUUUCCCCCAAGUUUGUAUUAGGACCAGGAUCAGUUGAAAAUAGAUAUUACUAUGGUAUAGACUUUCCAAGAGGCCAUGUUGCCCUCAAGAGCUUCAAUGGUGAAGUAAUUGAUGAAGAAGGGAAUCCUGUGCCUCUUCACGAAACUUAUCUCCAUCAUUGGGCUGUAAUGAGAUACCAUCAACGUAAAGGGGUGAUACACACAGGUAGCGAGUCUCAUUCAGAUCACAUUCUAGUGGCAAACAGUGGCUUAUGCCCAGAUACUGCUGGACAGUAUUUUGGUCUUGGCUCUGAAACACGGGGAACAGCUACAAAAAUUCCAGAUCCUUUUGGAAUAGAAAUAGGUAAUCCUGAAGACAUUCCAGAUGAGUAUGAGGAGAAAUGGAUGCUUAAUGUCCACGCCAUUGAUACAAGAGGUGUAGAAGAUAGGUUGGGGUGCACUGAGUGCAAAUGUGAUCUUUAUAACAUCACAAUGGAUGAAUAUGGGCGGCCUGUGAGGCCAGACUAUUUAGGUGGUUUGUUGUGUUGCUAUCAUAAUACUCAAUGCAGGGUGAAGGAAGGCUUUGAGAGACCAAGGAGAAGCCUCUACUUGAGAUAUACAGUUAAGUGGGUUGAUUGGAGCGAUUUGGUAGUGCCUGUUAAGAUUUAUGUACUUGAUGUGACUGAUACUUUGCAAGUAUCAAUUGGUUCAAAAGCCUUGGGUGCAAAGCAUCAUUGCAAGAUUGAGUAUGAUGUUGAGCCUUGCGGCAAUAACCAUAGGGAUAGCACUGGAUGUAUGAUGUUGAGCCUUGCGGCAAUAACCAUAGGGAUAAGCACUGGAUGCAUUGAUGUCAAGAGAACAAGCCUCCCAAUGCCAAGAGGUGGCUAUGUCAUCUAUGGCGUGGCUCAUCAACAUGCAGGUGGAACUGGUUCAACUCUGUAUGGACAGGAUGGAAGGGUUAUAUGUUCUUCAACACCGAGUUAUGGUACCGGAAAGGAAGCAGGGAAUGAAGAAGGCUACAUUGUAGGAAUGACCACUUGUUAUCCUCAACCUGGUUCUGUCAAGAUCAUUGACGGCGAAAUUGUAACUGUGGAAUCCAACUACAGCCGCAGCAGCCGGCCACAUACCGGAGUUAUGGGCCUCUUCUACCUCUUGGUAGCUGAACAGCUGCCAGACCAACUCUCAAGGCAUUCCUCUGGCGCUCCAUUAUUUGCAAAUAUAGACAAUAUGUUUUAUUAAUAGUCAGUUGAGUCCGGUCCCAUAUGUAUGUAUGUAUGUAUGCGUGUAGAAUAUCACAUUAGAGUUGUCUUGGUGACAAUUUUUACUGUGCUCAUGUCUUAAGGAAUAAUGCAAUAUCCUUGUAGCAGUGGAUGUAUUGUUCCAUGUGGUGCGCGCGCUUAGAAUAACUGAAUUAGCAUAACUCUACAUUUUGUAUU